AUCCGCAUACAUGAUGACACCACGUACGCGAACGACCAACAAAGAUGCAAAUUACAAAGUCUACUACUCCAAGAAAAUACCAAAACAAGUCCGCUUCCCUCACAGGAGAAAGACAGUCCGCAGGCCGGACCCAGUUCAGCAGGAUGGAGUCGAUAAGAGACAAAUGAAGUUUCUGCCAGAGAUGAUGAGGCAGGAACGGACUCAUAAACAGAGGAAUUCGGAAGAAGAGGAGACAGAAGAGGAGUCAGCAGUACAGGAGGUCGUGGUUGCAAAGAACGACGAGAAGAGUACACCGGUGCAUCAGAAGAAGGGCAGGAGGAGGAAGAGUGACGACGUUCAAGAGGAUUCUGCCUCUGGAGAUGAGCCUGAAGUCAGCUCCUCGAAGCGCCGAAGACGAACAGCCGCGCCAAAAGACGAGCGUAGCCGCACACUUCGACGACAGUCCACGAUGACACAGCUCGCAGAUGGACGGAGGCCUUCAUUUGGCGACGAUGAGCCCGACUUCAGAUCCGUGAAGCGGGGAUCUCGAGCCAGUCAGGUUUCAGCAAGCACAAAGAGGGAAAGGGAUAAAAAGCAGCGCACGCUCACACAAAUGAUACCUUGCAUGGGCUGGUUGAGCAAAGAAGAGCUAGAAGAGCUGAGCGAUCUGGAUACAGAUCUGAAACAUGUCCAGAAGUAUAACGAUGUUAUCUCGCAGCCUCUCAUCGAGCGGGGUCCCGUUGAAGUUAAUGAGCCCGCAGCCAUGACAGAGCCCGUUCGGCAAUACCCUGACAUUGAGGAGGAUCCUCACAACGAUCGAGAGCACGACCAAGACGACUUGCCGGCUGAAGCGCACUUGCAAUCCUUUCUUGCCUUCCAGUCUGUCAAGACUGCAGCUAACAACGAUGAGGACGACUACGAGCCGACCCAAUUCAUUGAAGCGCCGACUCUCAGAACCAGACAGACACCACGGCGAACAGCGAAAAACCAGCUUCUGAGUAAUGCACCUGGAUCCGAGAAGUCUGCGAAGUCUCGGUUCAGCCUACUUUCCACACCUGAGAAGCGCCGAGUGUUCGAGAUCCCUUCUUCACAGUCACCUGCUGAGUCCGUUAUGUCUACCCAGGUCUCUCCCCAGAAAAUCGAUAGAUCUGCCUUCAGAGAGCGCAAGAUAAAUUCAAUCGUAGUCACCGAGACUCCAUCUAAGCGUCAGCAUGUCACGUUCCAAGAGCCGACGGUCCAGCCUGCACCUCCCGUCCACUUGAGGAAAUUCGAAAGCACCAUCCAGGAUUCAGAAGAUGAAGGCAGUGAGCUCGAUGAUGACACAUCCACACAACGGCCAUCAGGUGAUAGCCAACGGACUUUGCGUGGACAAGCGAUCAGUGCGGACACACAAGCCGUGCUUCUGCAAAUCGACCGUGCAUGUGCGGAUGACGACGAGGGACUAAAUGUAGAUUAUCGCGAUACUCCGGACGAGCCAGAAGAGCUGCUCACCCGAUCGAUACCCUGUCAGCCUUCACCCGAGCUGGGAGGGUCCUGGGCGCCCUUUAUAUACGAUGAUGUUGGACCUCAGUACGAGUCCGACCGCUCCUCGCUUGCAUCAGCAAAUUCACAGUCUUUCCGAGCUGCGGAAUCAUCCAAGGAAUUGUCCCCUAUGCUCUACCAGUCCCAUGAUGUCAGCCAAUUGGACUUGACUACGCAGGCGUCGAUAUUGGCUGAUGACAUUCCAAGCACACCACCAAUGGUCCGACCACCACCAAGUGACGACUUGCCAUCCACACCAAUGGUGAUCAGGGACGAAUCAUCGGAUGAAGAAGAAGCUGCUUCUGAGCCAAUUCCGCCGCGCACAGUGCAGCGCUAUGUCCCAGAGGCACCUUCCACGUUGAUACACCAGUUCACAGACCUGGACGGCGAGCCUGUGCAAGUCCCACGCUCUCCUUCUGCAGAACGGGACACACAGCAGUCUCACUCAAGCAAAGCAGAACAGCAACUCCAGAAUGAGUGGCUCUCGUACUCGCAGUACAUUCGCGCCCGGGCACCCAACUCGUCCAGCAUGCAUGUCACCGCCGAUCCAUUCAGCUACAAUGCCCGACAUCCAAACCCAGGCCCCUUCAAAACCUCGUCAAGUCGAAUGCAGUACAGCCAAGCCACUACUGUCGACGAGCUCACACCGAAGAAGAACAGGACGCAGCGCCCCACCAGCGCGAACACCACACCACACAGGGCAGGUACGAGUCAGUCUUUUGUGUCGCCUGAUAAGCCGCCAAGUUUGUUCAUACCGAGCAGCUUCCCCAGUCUGUCUAUGGCGGCUAUGGAGGGGUGGAGUAGUCCUGUGAUGGCCAAGACACAGAACGUGCAUGGAAGUAGCCAGGUAUUGGGCAGUCUAGAGGACUUCAGUAUUCCUCUGCCUCCGCCUCUUGAGGACGACUGAGGAACAUUUAGCGAGAAGAGCGUCCUGAAUCAAUGCGGUUCUUCGUUGCGAUGACUUUAUCUCAAUCUCUCAAUAAAAGACAUGGACUCGAUAUCGAAAUGCUCCAUGAACCUUUUUUAUGAACCGUAUCCAGUAGAUU